AUGCGUUUUAAGGCGAUACUCAAUAACCCUGUUGGCCUCCACAAGCUUGGACAGACAAUGGAAAAGUUGGGUCCUGUUUGUAUUGCCUCUUUUGCAACGGAUAAGCUACGAUUCAUUACAUAUCAAGACACUGCUGUUGGACCGCAAGCGUGGACUGAUGUAGUAGCUACGUCUUUGUUCUCGGAUUAUCGCAUCGAAAGCCAGCACGGCAACGAGAUCAACUUUUUCUUCAAGAUUCCCGAUCUUCUUCAUAUCACGAAAGAUUUGCAUGACAUUACACGCAUUCAAGUUGGAUUGAAACGACGAGGAGAGCAGAGUAUCAUCUUGUUCAGAUGGACUGGCGUGAACUUUGUGGGAUCAAAAUCUUUGGAGCAAAAGGAGCUGCCCAUCGAAUUGGUUCGAAGAGAUAGAUUGGAAUUGAUCAAGGAGCCUGUUACGAUUCGCACACCCGAGACCUACAUCCUAUUGCCCCCACUGGUAUCACUGACGCCAGCAGCUGAGCAGUUCAGAAGGCUUAGUAAAUACAUCACCAUUGCAGCCAAUAUGAACGGAGAACUCAAAAUUGAAGUGGAAUCUGCUUAUGCAGUUUGUAGUGCCCAUUUUGACAAUCUGUGCAAUCCCAGCUUGAGCAAGUAUAUACAACAACCGAACUUGAACAGGAAAGGCUUACAGCAUAAUUAG